CACAUUAACAUUUACCACUCACCAUCAAAGAGAAAGAAAGAGAAUAUUAGCACAGACAGAGAGAGAGAGAGAGAGAGAGAGAGUGAGGGAGCAAAAGCUGAAGAAUCCAGAAACUGAAUUCUACUGCUUCACUGCACUACCCAGCGAAUCAAAGAAGGCGAAGCCUUGAAAAGGAAAAGGAAACCCACCAUUCUCUAUUUUUUUUUUCAAAAUAUUUCAACUUCUGCCUCCAAAUGGAGCAAAUCAAGGCCACUUUUAAGCUAGAAGCUUGUGGUAUAAUUUGAAUUUUUUUUAAAAAAAAUUUUUCUCUGCCUUCCAAGGAGAUUUUAAGCUUUUGAUUUCGAGGAUGGUUUGCCGGAGGAUGGUGGCGGGGAACUUGGAUCCGGAAAGGAAGAGGAGUGGUGGACUUAGGACGAAGCAGGCGGGAAGAGGAUCCUGUCGGGGAAGUUAGGCCGUGGAUGAGCAAGUAAGAAGCCGAAAGAAGCUGGAGUUGUUUUUAUUUGCAGUUCAUCUUUCGCCUUCUCCGCCGCGCCUCUUCUACUGGCUGAUCUUUUUAUUAGAUCAUUUUGGUUCAUGUUAGUAGCUGGAGUUGUUAUUGUUGUUUUUCGUUCCUCUACUUGUUUAAUUGAUAUUUUGAAGGCUCGAUCAGUUGAAAGGAGAGCGUGAGAAGUGAUACUGAUAGCUAUGGGUCAUUUAUUGAGAGAUGUUUUGAGGUCACUAUGUGGUGUCAAUCAGUGGUGCUAUGCUGUGUUCUGGAAGAUCGGCUGCCAGAAUCCUAAGUUGCUAAUUUGGGAAGAAUGUUACUAUGAAUCCAAGUCAUGUUCUGUUCUUCCAUGUACUUCUGGGACGGGGAACCCUGAGUUGCCUUUAGGAGAUUCUGAAGGAUGCUGGGCUUCUGAUUUCAACUCCCCACAGCUCAGGGUUCAAUCUGGGGAAACAAUCCAUCUGCUUAUGAACAAAAUGAUGAUCAAUAAUCAGAUUAAUAUAGUAGGCCAAGGAAUGGUUGGGCGAGCUGCAUUUACUGGCAAUCAUGAGUGGAUCCUUGCAAAUAAUUACAUUGGAGAUGCCUAUCCACCAGAGGUUUUAACUGAGAUACAUCACCAAUUCUCAGCUGGCAUGCAGACAGUUGCAGUUAUUCCUGUUUCUCCUCUUGGUGUGGUUCAAUUUGGUUCUUCCUUGACUAUAAUGGAGAAUAUGGGAUUUGUGAAUAAUGUGAAGAGUUUGAUCCUGCAAAUAGGAUGUGUCCCUGGAGCUCUUCUGUCUGAAAACCUUAUGAUAAAUGAAUUUACGGAAAGAAUUGGGGUGCCUGUUUCUAUUGGAAUGUCUGAUUCACAUUCCAUGCAUUUGUCUGGAAAUAAGAUGCAGAACUCCACUCCAUUAUUGACUGGAAGUUGCAAUCAACAAAAUAUCUCAUCCCGAUCCUCAAUAAUUGCUCAACCUUCUCAUUUGCAAAUUAGACAGGUUCAAGAUAAUCUACAAUCUACUGCCUCAACAUUUCGUGCCCUGAAUCUGACCAGUAAUUCAUCUAAAUCUGGAGGUGGCUCCUGUGAACAAAAAAUGACAACUAUUAAGCAAGAUGAUCCAUUGAGAGGCCAACUAGAGAAUGGAGUUGGAGCUGAAGUGAUUCGAUCAAAUCCUGAUGUAUGGCUGAACCAGCAUGUUGCUUCACUUAAUUCAAAGCCUGCAUUCAGUCCCCAAUCUGUUAUCAGUCAAUCACAUACCGAUAGCAGCAUUAUGACAUUAUUGGAACAUCAGGUUUUGUCAGAUGCUAUUCCUCAAAAUCUUAUUAGUAACAAUAGAAAUGCAUUAGAUAGCUUUGCCACACCUAAUAUGAGGUCAAAUGAAGCCCUAGUCUUCGAUUCUCAUGGAGAUUCCUUGGCACAUGGGACAGAGUUACGCAAUGGAGUGAGUAGCCACACAACAACCACUUCAAUCAAACGUGUUCUUUCUAAUCCACAAAAAUCAGCUGGUUUUAAUCAUUCUUCCACACAGCUGGCAGGGAUUGGGAUUCAGAAUUCUAAUACAUCGAGAGCUGAGGAAAUUCCUUCAUCCCAUCUGGUAGAUCAAUUAAGUGGUAGGGGCAUGCUUUCAGGAGGUCCUCAUCGUAGGUACAUUUCCUCAAAUGUGAAGUAUGCUAAAAAUGUAUCAAUUGCAAAGAAAGAAAAGAUGGAAGAUGAUUUGUUUCAAGCAUUUUAUCUCCCAUCAUCCCAGCCAAAUUCUGUUCCUGAUUGCCUCAGGCAUGCAAGUGAAAGUCAGAUUACAAAUAGUACAGAUAUUAAGUAUGAGGAUCCAUGUGCUCAACCUGCAUCUGGGGAUGACUUGUAUGAUAUUCUGGGUGUGGAUUUUAAGAACAGAUUGCUAAAAAGCAAGUGGGACAAUUUGCUGACUGAUGGGCAGUGUGCAAAUUCACAUCUGGGCAAAGAUGCUUCCACUUUUAUUAACAUGCGAGAAGCCAGUUCUAGCCUUCUCUCAGUUAAUCAAGGAAUAUCAGAUAGUUGUAUUUUCUCUGGCAUGGGUACUGAUAAUCUUUUAGAUGCUGUGGUAUCAAGGGCUCAUUCUGCUGCCAAGCAGAGGUCAGAUGAAAAUAUCUCUUGCAAGACAACAUUGACAAAGAUCAGUAGCUCCUCUGUUCCCAGUGGUUCUCUGACCUAUGGCCUUGUUCACAUGUCUGAAAAGAUUCAAAAGGAGUUAUUUGACCUGCCUAAGUCUCUGGAAAAAUCAGGGACUAUAGCAUCUGGCUCUUUCAGAUCUGGAUGUAGCAAGGAUGAUGUUGGAAGUUGUUCUCAAACUUCUUCUGUUUAUGGAUCCCAACUGAGUUCAUGGGUUGGCCCCAAUAAUAGGCGAGAUAAUAGUGUUUCAACUGCAUAUUCCAAGAAAAAUGACGAAUCGAGCAAACCAAAUCGCAAAAGGCUUAAACCUGGAGAGAAUCCCAGGCCCAGGCCAAAAGAUCGUCAGAUGAUCCAAGAUAGGGUGAAAGAGUUGCGGGAAAUUGUACCAAAUGGCGGAAAAUGUAGCAUAGAUGCGUUGCUUGAACGUACCAUCAAACAUAUGCAAUUCUUGCAAAGUGUGACAAAGCAUGCAGACAAGCUAAAACAAACUGGGGAUUCUAAGAUUAUUAACAAGGAAGGUGGACUCCUUUUAAAGGAAAAUUUUGAUGGAGGGGCAACUUGGGCGUUUGAAGUUGGGUCGCAAUCAAUGGUCUGUCCUAUAAUAGUUGAGGAUCUGAACCCACCUCGCCAGAUGCUUGUGGAGAUGCUAUGUGAAGAAAGGGGUUUCUUUCUAGAAAUAGCCGACUUAAUUAGGGGAUUGGGGUUGACAAUCUUGAAGGGCGUGAUGGAAGCUUGGAAUGAUAAGAUCUGGGCACGUUUUACAGUAGAGGCAAACAGAGAUGUUACAAGGAUGGAAGUAUUUAUGUCACUUGUUCGUCUUCUGGAGCAAACUGUGAAGGGCGGUGUAUCUUCUACUGCUGCAUCAGAUAUGAUGGUCCAUCAUGCUUUCCCCCAAGCCGCCUCUAUACCUGCAACUGGGAGGCCCACUAGCUUACAAUGAACUGCCUGUCAAACUCUUCUCUGAUCUGCAAAUGUUAAGAGCAAGCCUGUUUUUGCUUGCCAUGACUAACAUGGAUUCCAGUCUAAGCUCUUAGGUGGUUCAAACUUUUACUAACUUCUACGUCUCCCAAAAGUUAGAUCAUUUCUGACCUCACCUCUUAGAAAGGGAGAUUCAUCUAGAUAGUUAAAAGCUCUGCAAGAACUCUUUUACAUUACGUUCUAGUCUGAGAAGAUAGUCCAAUGCUCGGAUGAACUAGUAUCAGGAGAUAAAAGUUGUUAUUAACCAGAUAGCCAGUGGUUACAUCUCCUGAAAUGGUUAUCAGUAGUAGAUAUUAAGCUCGUAGAAUGCCCUUUUAGUUUUUUAAUUGAUGGGAUACUCUUUAUCAUAGGAUGGACGGGAUUGGUUGCAUUAUACUGGGGUUCAAUGGUUCACAAAUGUAUAGGGGAGAUGUGGGAAAUGAAAUGAAGGGGUUAUCUUUUUCUGGCAA